AUGCACGCGAACUUUGCAAAAGCCAAAGCUCCGAAGUCAAGCACACAGACAACAAUCAGCAAAUACUUUAGCGGUUCUAGCAGUAAAUCCUCGGAGGCUCAGCUUGGAACUAAAUCUGGUGACUGUCAUGGAGGGGGUAGGGGCAAGAACAAAAUAUCAGCUGAUGGAGAACAAGCGUCCAGGAAAAGACCUAAACUAUCUCAUGACGUGGAGGAGGAGGACAGAGAUGGGGAUUGCACGCUCAUCAACAACGCUGUUAAACCUCCACCUAAAGAGGAGAAGGCCUCUGUCUGUAGAGCAAGUGUCUCCUGCUCCACCCUGGAGAGACUGAAGGGCUUUAGCUGUGCUGGUAACUCAGAAAGCACAGCCCCAAACCAGGGUAGCAGGAUGAGUUUGGAGCCUCCACAAACUGGGAACACUCAGUGUCAGUAUAUGGAACAGGAUGACAACAAUGUGCCGGAUGUUGAGGACGAGGUUAAUGAAGAGUCUGAGAAGAAUAAACAGGUGCUGAGUCUCGGUCAUUUUGCUAAGACUGGUGGUGUUCCAACCAAAAAGAAUCUUCCAGAACCAAGCGUCAUUAACAGAAGAACUAAGAGCAUCUACACUCCAUUGGAGCAGCAGUACAUGGAGAUAAAAGAAAAACACAAGGACACAUUACUCUGUGUCGAGUGCGGAUACAAGUACAGGUUCUUUGGUGAAGACGCUGAGAUUGCUGCUAAGGAGCUAAAGAUCUUCUGUCACAUGGAUCAUAAUUUUAUGACUGCGAGCAUCCCGACUCAUCGUCUGUUUGUGCACGUUCGUCGCCUGGUCUCCCAGGGAUACAAAGUUGGUGUUGUAAAACAGACAGAAACUACAGCCCUCAAAGCAUCCAGCGCUAACAAGAGCUCACUCUUCACAAGAGAAUUAAGUGCCCUCUACACCAAAUCCACCCUUGUAGGGGAAGAUGUGAACCCUCUGCUAAAAUUGGACGACCUGGAGCAGGCUGAAGAUGUGGUUCAAGACACUCCAAACAACUACCUGAUGUGUGUUAGCGAGUCCUUUGACAAGCAGACCAAGGAACUGACUCUGGGUAUUGUGGUGGUACAGCCCAGCACGGGGGACGUGAUGGUGGACUGUUUUAAGGACGGCCAGUCCCGUUCGGAGCUGGAGGCCAGAGUACUGAGGAUCCAACCAGUGGAGAUCUUGGUGCCCUCUGACCUUUCUGAGACCAGUGACAGACUCCUACGCAGUAUUGCUUUGUCCAGUGUACAAGCCGAUGACCGCAUUCGCAUCGAGCAACGGGAAAGCGCUCAGUUUGAGUUUCCCACGGCGAUGAAAACGGUCAAAGAUUUCUACUCAAACUCUCCUCACCACAUGUCCGAAGGCAUAGACAAAGGGUCCCAGUAUUUCUACAUGAGCCUGGAGAGUACAGUGAUUUGCAGUCUGGGGCCAGUCAUUGAGUACCUGACUGAGUUUAAACUGGAGCGGGUGCUUCUUUGUGCCAGUUCGUUCAAAAGACUUUCAAGUGAUAUGGACUUCAUGGCCCUCAGUGCGACCACCAUGAAAAAUCUGGAAAUCCUUUCUAAUCAGACGACAGGAGCCGUCAAGGGCAGUCUCUUGUGGGUUCUGGACCACACGCUCACUCCGUUUGGGAAACGUCUGUUGAAGAAAUGGGUCACGCAGCCCCUGAAGUCCACACCUGAGAUCCGGUCUCGUCAGGAAGCUGUGGCCGAAAUCCUCUCUUCUGAGUCCAACAUUCUUCCCUGCGUCAGAGACCUGCUGGUUCGUCUCCCGGACCUGGAGCGGGGACUUUGUAGCAUUUACCAUAAGAAGGAGUUUUACCUCAUCACCAGCACACUCUCCCGGCUCUGCGUGGAACUCAAAGCCAUGAUACCCGCCAUUCAGUUUCAGCUUAACUCCUCCCUCCUCAAGGGCCUACUACUGGACACGCCCCAACUGCUUGACCCCGCCCAAAACUUUCUCAAGGUGCUCAGUGAGAAAGCUGCCAAGGCAGGUAACAAAACGGAACUGUUUUCUGAGCUGACUGACUUCCCCGUGAUCCGGGAGAGGAAGGAGGAAAUCCAGGUCGUUCUUUCCGAGAUUAUGGAGCACCGGCGCGAGAUCCGCCUCGUUCUCCGGAGCCCGGCUCUGGAUUACGUGACCGUAUCCGGACAGGAGUUUCUCAUUGAAGUGAAGAACAGCAUGUCCUCUACUGUGCCCUCAGACUGGGUGAAAAUCAACGGCACAAAAACUGUGGGCCGUUAUCACUCCCCUUUUAUUGUGGAGCGUCACAGAAGACUGCUACAGCUACGAGAACAGCUUGUUAUCGACUGUAAUCGAGAGUGGAUUAACUUUUUGCAUCUAUUUGGGGAGCACUACUACAUCCUGAGGAAAGCUGUUUGUCACCUAGCAACUGCUGACUGCCUGUUCUCAUUGGCUCAGGUUGCUAAAGAAAACAAUUACUGCAGGCCAGAGGUUUUGGAGGGAGAGGGACAGAUUGUGAUCAGAGAAGGCCGACACCCAGUCAUUGACAGUCUGAUGGGGGAGCAGGACCAGUACGUGCCCAAUGACACCAUGCUGAAGGGUGAUGGAAGACGUGUUAUGAUCAUAACCGGCCCAAACAUGGGCGGCAAAAGCUCGUACAUCCGUCAGGUGGCACUGAUCACCAUCAUGGCCCAAAUGGGAUCAUUUGUGCCAGCUGCAGAGGCUUCACUGGGUAUUGUGGAUGGCAUCUACACAAGGAUGGGAGCAUCUGACAACAUAUCAAGAGGCAGGAGCACCUUUAUGGAGGAGUUGGUGGAGGCCUCGGAGAUUCUGUCCCGUGCCACCUCCCACUCUCUGGUCAUUCUGGACGAGUUAGGCCGUGGCACGAGCACCCACGACGGCAUAGCCAUCGCGUAUGCCACCCUGGAGUAUUUCAUCAGAGAGGUGAAGUCACUAACACUGUUCGUGACCCACUACCCCCCGCUGUGUGAACUGGAAAGGGUUUACCCUGAACAUGUUGGCAACUACCACAUGGCGUUUCUACUGAACGAGCCUGAAACCCCUGAAGAGGAGGAGGAGCUGAAGCCGGAGUUCAUCACGUUCCUGUAUGAGCUGACGAAGGGGGCGGCAGCCAGGAGCUACGGGCUAAACGUGGCCCGUCUGGCUGACGUUCCCGACCCUGUCCUCAGGACCGCAGCUCUCAAAUCCAAAGAGCUCGAGGCCGUAGUCAACCACAGGAGGAAAACUGUCAAGCUGCUGUCCGAAGUCUGGAAUAUAUCCGAUAAGACGUCGCUAGUCAAAUGGAUUGGGUCGAACCUCUGA